AUGGCUCAAGAGACCCAUAUACAGACCAUGGAAAAAUGCACUGAAGCUACAGUUGCCCAAGUUCAGGCAACAGACACAUCCAUACCGAGACAGGGCACUGUACUGCUAACUAUAAUGAGACAGCUGGAGGAUUUGGAUAAUCGCAGCCAUCGCUGCAAUAUCAGG